UCAAACACGCUCAAACAUCUCAGUUGCCCUCCACCCCCCGCCGCUGUGCCAAGAUGUCCCAGAGUUCAUCGUCGGCGCGUCGCAUCCGGGCACCCCCACCCCCGCUGCCCUUGAUCAUGUGCCCAAGGUGCACCGGGACGAGGACUAGGUGGUUUGUGUCCGGGAUGGAACGCAACCCGGGCAUCCGUUUCUACAAGUGCCCGAACCAGUUGGACGGAGGCCCUUGCGAUUUCUGGCUGUGGGAGGACCAGUACGCGUUCUACAUCACUGGCGUUGGCAUCAACCUCCUCAUCGAGGCUGUCGGAGGUGGGAGCAACGUCAUGUUCGGGAUGGGGCGCGCCAUGGAAGACAUACGCGUCGCAGCUAGGAACACCAUGAUGAUCUGUUUGCUAAUGCUGUUCGUGGUGCUUGCCAAGGGAGCCGGCUGGCAGUAAAGACCAGGGUGGCGCAGCAAUGAAGCGGAAACAGCCCGAUGAUGGAUUACAAACCCCCUACCCUGAUUUAUGUUUGGUAAUGCUGUUUGUAGUACGUAUGAAUCCAGAGUGCGGUGGCGUACCCCCGCAGGGUAACCGUGUCAUUAAUUAAUUUCCUAU